AUGCGAAGAGAUCUCAACACCUCAUCUUCCCACUGCCGGAUCACGAGUAACUGUGUCAGAAUCCUGUUCACUGCGCACAUACCUGGAUCUCUUGAGCUAAUUGGAAAGAUCCCACUUCGCGGGGUUUACAAAUCUUGCGCUAGAGAGGCAUUGUUAAGUGCCGGUCAAGUCGGCGGGGGAACGAAAUACUGCAUUAUUUCAUAA